AUGGCACCUGCACAGUCGACCUUCAAGGGCCUCCCUGUCAUCCCGCCCAACGACCCCUCAUUGACUGCCACUUCCACCACACCCCGCAAGAUCCGUAAGGUGUUCGAGGCCAUCGACCAAGCCGAGGGUGCAGGCGCAAGAGUCAGAAGAUCAGUGGGCACAAGAGAGUUGAAGAACUUUACACCUUUCCUCAUGCUCGUACGUCGCCUUGCACACCCUUACACAAGGCAAGAAGCACAACUAACACAACCCAAACAGGACCACUUCACCAUCUCCCCUGGCGCAGGCUUCCCUGAUCACCCUCAUCGCGGCCAAGAAACCAUCACCUACCUCCUCAGCGGCGCCGUCGACCACGAAGACUUUGCCGGCAACAAGGGCACCAUUCACGCCGGCGACCUGCAGUUCAUGACAGCAGGAAGAGGCAUCGUGCACGCCGAGAUGCCCGCCCAGAACCCUGACGGCAGCGCAAACAUCGGCAUGCAACUAUGGGUCGACCUCCCUGCCCAGCUCAAAGACUGCGAACCCCGUUACCGCGACUUGCGCGCUUCCGAGAUCCCCGUCGCAAACUCCGAGGAUGGCAAGGUCAAUGUCAAGGUUAUUUCGGGACGCGCAUAUGGCGUUGAUUCGUUGCAAGAGUUGGCAUAUACACCUGUUUGGUUGCUGGAUGUCAGAGUACAGCCAGGCGGCACUUUCAACACUCCUUUGCCGCACAAGUGGAAUGCCUUCAUCUACACUCUUAGUAACAGCAUCAAUCUCUCUUCUGGAUCGACUUCGCGAACGAUCCCGCAAUACCACAAUGCUGUUCUGGAGCAAGAGGGUGAUAGCAUUGUCGCCAGUGUCCCCGAGUCAGCAGACAAGGAGAGCAGAUUCAUCUUGGUUGCUGGUAUGCCUCUGAGUCAACCAGUAAGUUUACCUGCACCUCCCAUGAUUAGAGUCUGUCUAACCUUUUUCAUAGNNAUCAUCCAAUACGGUCCAUUCGUUCAGACCAGCACAGAGGGCAUCUACAAGGCAAUGGCCGACUACCAAGGCUACACCAAUGGCUUCGAACGUGCCGAAAACUGGGAGUCGGAGAUUGGAAAGAGCAUGGUGCACUGA